AUGAUUCAUUCCACCCUUAAAUUCACAGUUCCGACGUGGACGCCCACUAGCCUUGCCGCAUGGAACACAAGCUCCACAUCUAUAUUGCUGUCAUGGCAACCGUUAGCAGACUGGUAUUACCUUCACGGAAUACUUCGCGGCUAUUUGAUCAGUUACAGUAGAGUAGACGGUCUGUUAUCCAAGGAAAAUGUCAGCACGAGUAGUUCAAGUUUGUUGUUAGAGUUGACGGGGCUAGACGAAUACGUCGAAUAUCGACUGGAGGUUCGCGCUUUCACAGUGAAGGGAUCUGGUCCUUAUGCUUACGUCAACUGUAUUACGGAACAAGAUGGUAAAACAAUUACAUUUCAUCCCUUUUUUAUUCAAUUUACACUUACAUUUAGCACGGUUACCAAAAGGAAUGAGUAGGAGUUAAGUAACGGAAGAAUGAAUAAGAUUAAAGUCGUUCUUCUGAAAGCCCGAUAUCAGGGUUUAAUUUAUGAAAAUACUGUUAUAAAUUGUGAAUAUAAUGGACAAUCAUCCACCAUACUAAGUAUUAUAACUACGACCUUUUUGUCUGUUUUGUUUUUCUAAUUUUAGCUGAUGCUCUUAGAGAUAAAUUUUUACGAACUGCAUCCAAGUCCAGAAAGGGAAAAAAGAUUUGUCGUGCAGACAUGUUGUUCUGUUUUCUAUGUUUUGAUUCUCAUUCCGUGGCAAGGUGCAAGAAAAAAUUGCGUAAUGUUCUCUCUCCCCGCAUCCACUCAUGAACCAGAAUGAAUUAUCACUCUACCGAAAGAAAAGCAUUGUGGAUCACAUUUGUUUAUGCGUAAACAUAUUGACAUUAACCAGUGUUAACAGCGAAAACCUGGGACAUUUUGUAUCACGUUUUGUUUUUGAAACUUAAAUUAACUUAAAACUGUAAUUUUUUUCAGUACCCGGAGCUUCCCCUCAAAAUGUCUACGGCUUCAACAUCAGUAAGCAUGACAUCCGGGUAUUUUGGGAAGAGGUUCCUUAUCGUGACGUCAAUGGUAUCAUUUUGGGUUAUCGUGUUUUCUUUAGCAGCACUGUGGAUGAAGUAUUUAAUCAGACUGUGGACUUUCCAGGA